UUCUCUGCUUCUCCCUCGCCCUCACCGUCGUCCCGACAUCCUUCGUCGUUUACCUUCUUCCCGGUGAACCCUUCUCGACAUACGAUCCUCGGAUCCCUCUUCUUCGGCAACCCUGCUCGACAGAUAUUCACCAUCUAUUUACAUAUACUCGCUGCUGAGAACUCGCUAACAUCACUUUCCUUACUAACGAUAUGGAGCGCGGGACGGGGCUGAGCUUGCACGAGGCAGCGAAUCAGGAAGAUUUGGAAAACCAAACCUUGACUUUAUUUAACCGGGAUGCCAUUGGCAGAAUUGUGGAAAGAAAAAAACGAAUUAUGAAGAAUUUAGAGAUGUUCCAGCUGAUUAACGGCUACUUCAAGAAGAGUGCAGCUACGGAUGAUUUCUUUACUGCUCUCGUGCCGAGUCUUAAAAAAGCUCGCGAUUUUGUUGAACUCGUUAUCAAAAGUUCUGAAGCCGCCGAUGAGGACGACCAACCUCCGAAAGUGAAGAAGAAGAUGAGAUACGCGAAAAUUCUAGAUGAGUUGAGGCAUUAUUUUUCCGUUGGCGGCACUGGUGAGUUUGAAUCGCUAUACCAUGAGCAAUUGUCAAUGCUCAGGGAGUUACAAAAUCAAAAAGUAAAACAAGAAAUGAAACUUAAAUCAGUCAAAGUAUGGAAAAAGGUUAAUUGCAUAAGCUUUGUCUUGGUUUAUGCGACAUUUAUCAUCAGCGCUUUCGUAGUUGUUUUUAAAGCAUCACCUCGUGUAGCGGUGGCAAUGGCGGUUGCCUCUUCGAUUCUCCUGGGAUCCAUUGGAGAGUGGGUUGGUUCCAUGUUGAAGGACUAUGAGAACGCUCUUAAAGCUGAGAUGAAACUAAUUAGUAUUAUGCUUGAUUUGACUUCUGUUGUGGGUACACAUUUGGAUAGCAUUAUAAUUUCAGUGAAACAAUUGGAAGAUAAUAGAAGAUCGUUGUUUGAUUAUGCCGAAAUUGUGUUCAAAGAUGAAGAUCCCGUGAGGCUCGAUACUGAGGAGAUGAGAAAGAAGAUUGCAAAGUUUAUGAAAAGCAUUGAGGAUUUGAUGCAUCAUGCUGACUGGGGUAGCAAGGACAUAAGAAGGGCAGAGAAUGUGGUUUUGAAUCAAAUUAUUCAACUGCCUAAAUGAUGAUGUGGAAGCAAUUUGUUAAGGAAAUUUUUUUACU